AUGAUUCGCGCCAGUCUCAUCGCUUCUGGUUUUCUCCCCGCCGCAUUGUCACCACCUCACGGAAAUAUCACCUCACCGACAGCUACAAGCCCGACUUCAAAUUGCGUCGCAAAACGGUCCAGCUCUUUUGUGCAGAUCGACAAGCAUCACCAAGACGUGGCUCACCCCACCUCUGAGCCCAGUCUCAGCUUCACGUUGACUUCACCCUGCGCUGAGAUACGGGUGUUCUCGACAUUGAUCGCACAACACUCACCCCUCCCGCAAAUUGCCAUGACCGUCUAG